AUGACUUCAGAAGGCCCAGUGAUCGACUACGGUCCGAAUGCUCCGCACGGACCUGAUGUUACCGGACAUCAUGCCCCAUUAGAAGAUCCCAUGUUCGACAUGAACCAGGAUGAAGAGCAUAUGUUCCGUACCAUUCUGAAGCCUGACGACAGUUUCGACGAGAAUGGAGUGUACUGGGCAGAUUUACCCAUUAUCCAGCGGAUCAAGUUCGUCAACAAAGUCAACAACGAGGAGGCCAGGAAAGAAGCCCGAGCAACCUGGGAAAUGUUCAAAAAAGAUCCAUUAUCCCCUGUUGGCUACUACUUCCGAAACAUGGUCCUUCCAGGCGCUGGCCUCGGUCUUGAAGGUUACGUUCUGUUCUCAAUUGGCAAUUUGAAGCCUCUCUUCCAAAAAGGGUUUCCAGAAUGCUGGAGCACUCAUCAAAUCUGUAACCCGACUUGGCUCAGCGCCGUUGAGUACCUGGAAAUCUGUGGUAUCAUUGUCGGUCAAAUUCUCGUCGGUAUCAUCGGUGACUGGGUUGGUCGUCGCUGGGGUUUAAUCCAAGAUGCCACGAUCAUGUUCAUCGGCCUUAUCAUGCUUGUCGCUUCAUGGGGAGUCACCCAGAAUGGUUGGGUGAUCUGUUAUACCUGGUCACUGUUCUUCUAUGGCAUUGGAGUGGGCGGAGAAUAUCCAAUGACAGCCACAUCUGGUAUGGAGAAUGCUGUUGGAUCUGGAAAGGUCUCCACCAGAGACGACCGGCUACAUCGAGGUCGCAAGGUCACCGGCGCUUUCUUGAUGCAAGGCUGGGGACAAUUCUUCAAUCAGGUUCUGCUCAUCUUACUACUGUUGAUCUUCCACCAUGGCAGCGGAAACGCACCGUACUCCCAAGUUGCGGUUCAAUACACAUACCGUGUUUCCUUCGCCAUUCCUGCUGUUGGAACGUUGUGGUUAGUCUACUACCGUACAUUCAAGGUCAAGUCCGGAGCCAACAAGCAAUUGCGCAUCGCCAAAAAGAAAUCUGCCGUCACCGGGUACGACACAGAAUCUCUGAAGAUUACAGUCCGACAUUUCGGUGGCCGGCUUCUCGCAACUGCGGGUACGUGGUACAUGAAUGACGUCUUCUUCUACGGCAACAAAUUGUUCCAAAGCGAAUUCAUCAAAGUCAUCAUGCCCCACAGCACGUCCAUCAUGCCUGGCUGGCUCUACAACUUGAUCAACGUCGGAGUCUCGCUCUGCGGCUACUACUUGGCCAGCUUCCUCAUCGACAACAAGCUCUAUGGCCGCAAGCAUAUGCAAAGCAUCGGAUUCUUGAUGGACUUCAUCCUUUUCAUUGUUCCAGCAUUCAACUUUGAAUACUACACCUCUGUCGAUCACAUCAAGGCCUUCCAAGCGAUGUACUUCCUGUCAUCUUUCUUUAAUCAGUUCGGUCCCAACUCUGUCACAUUCAUUGCAGCGGCAGAGGUGUACCCGACCGCGGUGCGUGCCACUGCCCACGGCUUCUCCGCGGCCGUCGGCAAGCUGGGCGCCCUUACAGCCUCGGUACUAUACAACUACAUUGAUACUCCUACCAAAUUCCACGUCGUUCCCUGGUUCGGUCUUGCAGGCUUGGUCCUGAACGUCGUCUUCAUGCCCGACACAACCGGCCUCGACCUGAAAGAGCAAGAACGUCGAUGGGCGUUCAUCCGCUCUGGCCGCGAGCAAGACUACCACGGGAUCGCGAUCCACCCCAAGCACUUGAGCUUGUGGGAGCGCAUCCGGGGCGUCGGCAAACACUACGACGCAGACCUCGACUACAAGCAGCGCAUCGACGAGAUGAGAAAAGAAUGGGAGCUCCGCAUGCAAGAAAAGGUGGACGAAAAGGCAGGGCGCCUCAACGAGGAAGACUUCGACGAUGAAGAGUUUCACGCUCAUCUACAGUCUUACUUCCAACGAUCGACCAGGAGAGGCACCUUCCAAGGGCCCUUCCGACACAACGGAGGCCCCCACCGAGACGAAAACCUGCUGACUGAGAAAAUCCCCCCCGCUGAAGACAGCGACGGAACUCUAGAGAACGGGGUCAGCGGCGACCGCUAG